CGUAACUCGUACCGUAUGGAACUCGUGCCGAAGUGCUGCAUUUGGUAUUGCGCAUGUUUCGUUCCUUGCCUCCAACCGGGAAACAGAAACAGAAACACAAACACAAACAGAACCAAUGGGAGGCAUCGUAUGCCCUGGAUUCAAGGAAGAAAGAGAAACCGAUACGGAAACUGAGACGGAAACAGAAACCAGGAAGCCGAACGGUGUCCUCCCACCGAUGCCGAUGGUCACCGCGACCAAUACUUUUGCCGGUCCCGGUGCUAAUGAAGAUGCUAGUGCCGAUGCCGAUGCCGAUACUAGUGCUGUCUCGAACCAAUGUGGCGAACGUGGCCGUGGCCAUGGCCACGAGAACUCAGAGUCGAAUACUAGGCCCGGUUCGAAUCCGAAUCCGAAACCGAAUCCGAAACCGAAUCAUCCAUGGAAGGCAAACGCCAGUGAAAACACAGUUGCGGAACCAGCCCCCCCGGACCACCCGCUUCUGAGGAUGGCCCGGCGACGCGUGCAGUCUUUCGCACGCGGUGGUCCGGUGUUUCGCCGGGAGCACAACCGCAAGCACAACCACAACCUCCCUGCCACGAACGCGAGUGCCAGCCCGGGCGGCGAAGCAACCACGGCGACAGCCACGGCCACUGCCACUGCCACUGCAACUGAAACUUCGACCACCAAACCGAACCAGCACCAGUAUCGAGCCUUCUGCUUGCUCGUUCACGAGGAGAAGGGCGUCUUGCUGCUGCACUGUACCCGGAAGAAAAAAGGCAAGCCACCACACUAUCAGCUCCCGGGUGGCCGCAUCGACGAAGACGACUACCGCUCCGAGCAGGCCCGUGGCAAUGACCAUGACCAUGACAAUGCCACUGCACCGAUCCGCGAACCGGACAACCAACGACCACACGAGGACCGUCGCAUCGACGAGACCCUUGUCUUCGCUGUGGCCCGGACGGGAUGCGCGAGAGAAGUAUACGAGGAGACGGGCAUCGAUUUUCGGACCCGACCGGAGGCCUUUCUCCCGAUGGUGCUCUACAGCGAUGACGGCGGCGGCGACAGCAACAGCAACAGCAACAGCAACGGCGCGAUCGGUUUGAUCAACGAAUACAAAGGCCGGCUGUUCUUUGUUUGCGAGCUGCGCGACGACGACUUUCCCAGCGACGAAGAACAUGUACGUACCGUCGAUGAAACGAAAGAAAACGAAACGAAACGAAACGAAACGAAACGAAACGAAACGAAACGAAACGAAACGAAACGAAAUUCUACCCUGCUCUCUUUGGCAUUCUAGUUUUUGUUGGUCUAUCGAUUGGUACCCGCGUUUGACAAUCACCGAUCGAGUGCCAGACUCACCAACGUCGAGUGUUUCUCGCAACCGUGAUUGUUUUCUUUUCUUUCGUUUUGUCGCAAACGCACCAAACCAAACCAAACCAAACAAAACCGGCGUUGGUUUCUCCCGUGCAACAAACAGCCACCGCCGCCACCAUCUCCCGGAGACUUUGAAAACAAAAACAAUGGUCGCGAUCUUUCUUCGUGCCGCCAACAAACAGGGAUCCGGCUGUCGUUGGAACACUCGGGGUUUCGAUGGUUCAAAGACACCGCCGACGGCAAAAGCCGACCGGGCGAAGAACUCUCCAGACUCCUGCGCUUUCACAGCGGAGGCAAGGUACGGAAAGCCAUAGAAAUGGCCUACAGAGUCGUCAAAGAAGAGGUUAACGGUUGAGUGCUGUGCGAGACAAUACGAAGUACGAGUACUCGGUACUCGUACUUCUAGCACAGUGAUUGUAUUUCGAUGAGACAAGCAUGCAUGGCACGAACAUCUUUCGCCGUGAAGAACUCCGAGGCAAUGCAACCGCACACAAACUCGAUCUGUCAAACAUACGUUCAUCGCCCGAAUUAAGUACUUCGUAGUCG